AUGGCGUCCAUGCCGGCAGCUACCAUCUACCCGCAGAGCCACGUUGGUUUCGACAGCAUCACCUCCCAGAUUGAGCGCAAGCUCUUGAAGCGCGGAUUCCAGUUCAACAUCAUCUGUGUUGGCCAGACCGGUUUGGGCAAGUCAACCUUGAUCAACACCAUCUUCGCCUCGCACCUGAUCGAGUCCAAGGGCAGACUUCAUCCCGAGGAGGUCAUCCGAUCCACCACCGAGAUCCACCCCGUUUCGCACAUCAUCGAGGAGAACGGCGUCCGCCUGCGAUUGAACAUCGUCGACACCCCGGGCUAUGGCGAUCUCAUCAACAACGACCGCUGCUGGGAUCCCAUCGUGAAGUACAUCAAGGACCAGCACUCAGCCUACCUGCGCAAGGAGCUCACCGCCCAGCGCGAGCGCUACAUCCAGGACACCCGGAUCCACUGCUGCUUGUUCUUCAUCCAGCCCUCGGGUCACUCGCUUAAGCCGAUCGACAUUGUAGUGCUGAAGAAGCUCUCGGACGUAGUAAAUGUUGUCCCCGUCAUUGCUAAGGCGGAUUCCCUCACCCUUGAGGAGCGACAGGCUUUCAAGGAGCGCAUCAAGGAGGAAUUCGCGUUCCACAACUUGAAGAUGUACCCUUACGACAAUGACGAGUUCGAUGAGGAGGAGAGAGUCGUCAACAGCCAGAUCAAGGGCCUCAUCCCCUUCGCCGUGGUCGGAUCCGAGAAGUCUAUCAUCGUGAAUGGCAAGCAGGUUCGUGGCCGCCAGAACCGGUGGGGUGUUAUCAAUGUUGAGGACGAAACCCACUGCGAAUUUGUCUACCUGCGAGACUUCCUCCUCCGAACGCACCUCCAGGAUCUCAUCGAGACCACGUCUCAGAUCCACUACGAGACCUUCCGUGCCAAGCAGCUUCUCGCCCUAAAGGAGAGCAGCGCGCAGGGCCAUGGCAGCAGGCCAAUCAGCCCGGCUGCCGAGCGGGAGAUGAGCCGGAGCUCGCAACGCAUGACCAUGAACGGUUACUAA